AUGGAGCCUAAUAACCUACGUCCCCGCGACCAGGAAGGUGGAAAUUCUUCAGACACCUCUAAAUCUUUAAAGCAGUAUUUCUCCCCCCCAAUUAAUCCAAGGUCCCCGCUUCUCGACUUCGUUCCCAGUGGUCUUUCUACUCUCGCCAGAAGAAAGGCACCUUCUACUUUGUUAAUAUCAUCGAAGGAAAGUGAUCUCAGAUCACGCGGGGCCAAUUUUAAACCCCUUAGCAAUGUAGAAACAAGUACAGAGACACACAAUAGAAUUCAGCCCCCACAGCGAGCAGCCACGACGUCCUACAUGUCACCAAUUUUCCACUUUACCUCUCACGAUACUAGGAUUAUCGCGAUGGAGCAUAACAAUCACUACAAACUCAUGGCCAUUUCGACAUCAAGACGUGAAAUCUUUGUGACGCUGACGCAGGAAAUGCCGGUGGUUGAGAAUAUGGGUGCGAUCAAGGCAUCCGAGGACCCUUUUGGGGCGGGUGGAGGCUUGUCGGGUUUGGGCGUGCCACCGCCACCUUUCCUGAACGAGGGUCUUUUAAAGUGGGAUCCCGCGGAGAUGACGGUUUUAGUUGAUCAACUACAAUUUCCAUGUACCCAGCUGGAGUGGGGGCCUUGGCAGCAUGGUGUGUAUCUAGCUGGGAUGUGCCCUGGGUGGCAAAUCCGUGUGUACCGCUUCUCACAUAGUCGAUGGGCACUGGAUGCGGAGAUCAAGGCUUCUAAUGGAGUUUCCAUUGCUUUUUCAUCGCAGUGCACGUUGGCUUGUGCAUGUAAUAGUGGAGAGAUCUUACUGUUUGUGCGACGCAGCGAUUCAUCCAAUGGCGAGGGUCCAUGGGUUCUCUGUUGCACAUUUUUACCAGGACCUGAGGACCAUAACAUCACAAUUUUACCACGGUGUGCAUUAGACUCGAUUCAAGAGCCAGGAUCAAGUUCUGUGGACUUGGAUCCGCGUUUUUCAAACACUUCAAACCUUAAUACUUCAACUGUAGAAACAAAGGCACUCCAUGUCGACCCUUCGAUGCGCUGUCUUUGCGUUCACUUUGAUGAUAGCGGUUCUUUGUUGGCGUCUGGCUUCCAGGACGGCUCGGUAAGAGUGUUUUUGGUCGUCGACGGUGGUACCCGGGUCGGCGACCUGGUAUUUUCUUCUGGUUCGACACAUCGAAACAAUGGAAUGUGCCGGCAAGUAGUCUGGUCCCCUUCCUCUGGUCGCAACUUUCUCCUUUUGGCCAUAGUCUAUGCGAAUUAUUUCACCAUCUUACUGUUUCAGAGACCGCGUCUUCACAAUUUUUUCUUCAGGAGUACAGGCUUGACAAGUGGCGCUAACGCUCUUUUCCCGCAUGCGCACAUGUAUGCGCCCUUAUCGGAUUCAGGUGUCGGUGGUCGGAAUACCGCAAAAAUCAGCGAGAGGUCGCUCAAACUCCACGUCUUGGAGAGCAAAACGGCUUUGUGUGAGGGUAUAUCGAAGCUGUCGUGGAAUACUACCGGGACCCGCUUCGUCACAUCGCACGCCGACGGUUUGGUGAAUGCGUGGUCUGUGGAUAUAAACUAUGUGCAGCGACACGAGCAGCAUAAUGGAAUGUCUUCAAACUGUGUGAAUGACAAAGGGAUGGUGGUGCGAACCGGGAUUGGCUUACACGGUAGUACAAGCUAUGGUGUCGGUGAUGAGACUUCGCAUCUAAGUCACGGUUAUCAACAAAGAACCUCUGAGGGUGGUAUUGUGUCUGGUGAAAGCUUAACAACUCCUGUGGAAACCUGUUUUUCUGGAAAUGCUGUCAAAGGAGGCGACAAACCAGUUGGGGAACAUCGAGUUAGUGAACCAAAGCUGUCAAUCUUUAUGUCACUGCGAAAGGUGUUGUCUGCUCAUCCUUAUCAUACUAUUAUUACCAAAUAA